AUUUAAAGUUUAAUUUCAGUUUCUAAACUUCAAUUUUUUUUUAUUAACACUCAAAUUGACUCCAAAAAACUUAUUUUCCUUGCAAUUAAGUUCUCGAUAAAAUUAAUUAAGCCUUUCAAAAUCCUUAUUGAAUCCUUACUAAUUCAAAUUAGUAUUUCUUUACCCCAAAUAAAAUAUUAUCACCAAUAGGACCUUUUAUCAAUCAGAAUUGGGUUGCUAAUUUGUCAAUCUUGUACAUUCUAGUCCUCCAACUUUUUCAUUUGUUAUUUUGGUCUUUCAGCACCAACUUGUAAAAUUUUUUAGGCUUUUUUCAAGUGCAUCCUCUUGAAUUUUUUGGAUUUUUUUUCUAUAUUUUUUUGUGGGGUUAAAAAUGGGUAACAAUAGAUGCCCUCUCUUGUUGGGCAAUCUUUUACAAUGUUUACGAAGAAAAAAUCUUUCUUAAAAAAAUUGUUUGUGUUUAAUUUUUGAAGAUAUUAUUAUGAUUCAUCUAUAAUUUUUUUUGUUUCUUAUAGAUGAAUUUUAUUUUUAAAAAUAAAAAAUAUUUGUUUUUAAAUAAUAUUUAUAACAUGUCCGGCUUUGCGUAAUAUUUUUUCAUCUUAUUUUUCUCAAUUAGUUCCAUAUGUGUUUCUAUUUCUAUUAUCUUUUAUUGAUUUUAAUAAUCAAAUUCAACAAACAUAAAUAAGCAAAUAUCUUGUUUUAUAGGAUUAAAUAUCUUGAUCUAAGUUCAUUUCUUAAUUUUUAAAAUUUUUUUAUAGUUAUUGUUAAUGACUUUUUUUAUAUUUAUUUAUAAGGAAAGUUAUUGAUUUAUUUAAUUAGAUACUUGUAUAAACUUUUUAAUAUUUACUUUGAUUUUUUUUAUAUAAAAAAACACUUUGAAAUAGGGUAUAUAUCUUUUUUUUAAAAAAAGAAUGUCAUGAAACUAAUUAUUUGAAGUAGAGAAAUUUCAGUGCCCGUCGGUUCAUAUUUUAAUUGGAAGCAAUCAUAUGAAGAUGGGAGGGUCUGCUGCAGUGGGACAACAGACAGGGUGUUGGAAAUGGACUUGUGAAUCCGUUUUAGCAUUGCUGGGAAAAUGACUUGCAGGAAACCUAAGAUAUCAUCAUCAGAGGGCCAGCAGAGCUCUAGAAUGGAAGUGCUCUUCGCUGAUUAUUUCAAUAUUGAAGAAUGAUCUUCAAUCUUGAAAGGGCCCGCCGCAUAAUUAAUUUGAGUAACGUGUAUACCACCGCAUAAUUAAUUUGAGUGAUGACGUGCACGUAUUGAUUAUAUAUAGCAUUGAUUACCGGGAGAAUUCAACCAUUCUACUCGAUUUUCUAAUCCAAAUUAUGGUAGAUAAACUCCGAGUAAAUAGUAAAUCCUUGUUUUUGGAUAUAUAUUUGAUGAGAUUAGGGCACGUCAAUGGAGAUUGCUCAUGAAUAUAUAUGGAAACUUGUCCUAUUCCGAUUCGUCUACCAUAAAUUGUCCCAGUGUUAAUAUGUUUUCCAUCUUUAUUUCCUUUUCUUUUCGGGGGGACGACAACUUUUUCCUUCUUUCAUUAAUGGAAAUUUUGUCCUCACCAAACUCCAUGGAGCUCACCAGUCUUUGACUUGUUCUGUCACUCAGGCCACCAUUUUUAGAGGUUUCAUCCCCUUUUUCUGUCCUGUUUGAAACAGAAAGGCUUCCACUCCCCACCCUUCCAAUCCUUCUCCUUCCCUUUCGCUUUGUAUGGUCGGAGACAUCUACAGCAAUGGUUGUCAAGAAAAAAUCUAUAUCGUCUGCAUCUCCAUGGACGGAGAAAGGGAAGUACUCUAAAACCAACGAAAUACAUUACUCGUUUCUUAAACCACAGUUGAGACACGCUCUACUACUCUGUUUCUUGCUUUCUGUUUGGUUUGUUAUUCUAAGAUGUUUUCUCUUGUCCUCCUCCACGAGCGAAAACAACAUCGAGAAACUAAACGUAGAUGAAAAGGCGCCCAAGACAACAUCGAAAUCAUCUGCGAUAUCCAAGUGUGAAGGAGGAAUGUCAGUGUAUUUAUAUGACAUGCCCGCUGAGUUCAACAAGGGUUUACUUAAAGAUUGCAGCCAUCUAAAUCCUUACACUGACAUGUGUCCUCAUGUGGCAAAUCGCGGAUUAGGCCAACCACUCUCCUACAUGGCAGAGUCCGCCGUCGCCACCACAUGGUUUGCCACCCACCAGUUCAUUGCGGAGAUGAUUUUUCACGCUCGUAUGGAGAACCAUCCAUGUCGUGUUUUGGAUCCUAUAAAUGCCAAGCUAUUCUACGUGCCAUUCUAUGGUGGACUCGAUGCCUCAAGCAAGUUCCACGAUGCAAAUCUCACGGCACGCGAUGAACUAGCCGUCCGAUUAGCAGAUUAUCUCCGAUCAAAACCAUGGUGGGAGAGGCAUCACGGUAAGGACCAUUUCUUAGUCCUAGGAAGGACCGCAUGGGAUUUCUUGAGAAGAAAUAACAACUUUGGAAACUCUCUCCUAAAUCUGCCAGACGUGCAAAACAUGUCGGUGCUGACUGUAGAGCGAAACCCUUGGGAUCGAGUCCACAACCAACAUGGCAUCCCUUACCCUUCCUAUUUCCACCCGUACACGUCACACGAGAUGAUGACGUGGCAGAACAAGAUGAGACAAUCAAGUAGGCCCCACCUCUUCUCCUUUAUAGGGGGGCCACGUAGAGGAGUUGAGAAAGCUGCUGUAAGGGACGAGUUAAUAAGGCAGUGCAGCGAGUCAGGUCGAUGCAAGCUUCUAAAAUGUGGGAAAGGACCCAGUAAAUGCCAUUACCCAAUUGAGGUACUUAAGGUGAUGUCUCAGUCCCAGUUUUGCUUGCAAGCUCCCGGUGACUCGUUCACUCGGAGGUCAACUUUUGACUCAGUGUUGGCAGGUUGCAUACCUGUGUUUUUCUCACCUCACACUGUGUAUACUCAGUAUGAGUGGUUUUUUCCAGCUGGGGAUGCGAGAGAGUAUUCAGUUUACAUAGAUGAAAAUGCUUUGAAGACGGGAAAUGGAAGCAAAAGGGUAGUUAGCAUUGAGGAAGAGCUUUUCAAGAUUGAGAGAGAGCAGGUGGAGAGAAUGAGAAGCGCAGUAAUAAAUUUGAUGCCGAGACUCACCUAUGCACACCCUAAUGCGACUGAUCUAGGGUUUCAAGAUGCUGUGGAUGUUGCCCUUGAGGCAUUGUGGGCCAAGCGUUUAAAGUUGAACGUCUAAUCAAGGGAGCCUCCUGCCUUCAGUGUUAACUAAGAUAGUCGAAUCAGGUCUCCUUAAGGCAACACAUAGCGCAUUGUUUCUGAACCUUUAUCAUAUAAGGAUGGAGAUUAUCACAAUAUAUAGUUUUACUGCUUCAA